GAGAGAGAGAGAGAGAGAGAGAGAGAGAGAGAGAGAGAAGGUCGCCAUGAACGAUUGCAAAUUGGAAGAGCAGUCUCGACUAUACGAAGCAUACAAUGAGCUGCACGGGCUGGCACAAGAGUUCGAGACGCCAUUCGACGCGCCGGCGGUACUGGUGGUGGGCCACCAGACCGACGGCAAGAGCGCACUCAUCGAAGCUCUCAUGGGCUUCCAGUUCAACCACGUGGGAGGCGGAACCAAGACUCGCAGGCCAAUCACUCUCCACAUGAAAUACAACCCCAAUUGCGAUUCACCUCUGUGUUUUCUAGUCUCUGACUCGGACCCAUCUCUUGCCCAAGAAAAAUCCCUCCAAGAAAUCCAGGCAUACAUUGAAGCUGAAAACAUGAGGUUGGAGCAGCAACCUUGUCAGUUUGCUGCAAAGGAAAUAAUCAUGCGAGUAGAAUAUAAAUAUUGUCCAAACCUCACCAUUAUAGACACUCCGGGACUUAUUGCUCCUGCUCCGGGUCAAAAAAAUCGAGCUUUCCAGGCUCAAGCUCGUGCAGUAGAAUCUCUAGUGCGAGCUAAGAUGCAGCAUAAAGAGUUCAUUAUCCUAUGUCUUGAAGAUUGCAAUGAUUGGAGCAAUGCAAGUACACGGAGGGUGGUAAUGCAGAUCGAUCCUGAGCUUUCAAGGACUGUUGUUGUCUCAACAAAGUUUGAUACCAAAAUACCUCAGUUUGCACGGGCUUCAGACGUGGAAGUUUUUCUUUCACCACCUGCAUAUACUCUUGAUGGUUUCAUGCUAGGAGAUUCUCCCUUUUUCACAUCUGUGCCCUCCGGAAGAGUUGGUUCUGGGCACGAAUCAGUUUACCGAUCAAAUGAUGAGUUCAAACAUGCCAUUUCUUUGAGGGAGAUGGAAGAUGUUGCAUCUUUGGAGGAGAAGCUGGGCCGGUUGCUGUCAAAGCAAGAACAAAGCAGAAUAGGUGUGAGUAGCCUUAGAUUGUUCUUGGAAGAUUUGCUGCAGAAAAGGUAUAUGGAUAGUGUUCCAUUGAUUAUUCCCCUUCUUGAAAAAGAACACCGGAGCACAACCAGGAAGCUAAGUGAAAUAAAUCAAGAACUCAGCACAUUGGAUGAAGUAAAACUGAAGGAAAAAGGAAGAGCUUUUCAUGAUCUGUUUCUGACCAAGUUGUCACUGCUAUUGAAAGGGACAGUUGUUGCACCUCCAGAUAAAUUUGGGGAAACACUACAAGAUGAGAGGGUUAAUGGAGGGGCAUUCAUUGGUACUGAUGGUCUUCAGUUCCCACACAAGCUAAUACCUAAUGCAGGAAUGCGCCUAUAUGGAGGUGCUCAAUAUCAUCGUGCAAUGGCUGAAUUCCGUUUUGUUGCCGGAGGAAUCAAAUGCCCUCCAAUUACACGAGAGGAAAUUGUUAAUGCAUGUGGAGUGGAAGAUAUUCAUGAUGGAACCAACUAUUCUAGGACGGCUUGUGUCAUUGCUGUUGCAAAGGCCCGUGACACAUUUGAACCUUUUCUUGAUCAGCUGGGCUGUAGGCUCUUGCACAUUCUAAAGAGAUUGCUUCCCAUCUCUGUCUAUCUUCUUCAGAAAGAUGGUGAAUAUCUAAGUGGACAUGCAGUGUUUCUAAGGCGUAUUACCUCUUCCUUCAACAAUUUUGCGGAAUCCUCCGAAAGAUCAUGCCGUGAAAAAUGUAUGGAGGAUUUAGUGAGCACCACGCGUUAUGUCACGUGGUCCCUCCACAAUAAGAAUCGUGCUGGACUACGUCAAUUCUUAGACUCAUUUGGCGGAACAGAACAGUCUAGUAUGGGUAAUAAUUCAGUAUCUCUCAGUGUUUCUCAAGAGUCAUCGCCUGCAGUGGCCAAUGAUAAACAGGACAUUAAGCCAAGGGCAGAUGUAAAACUCAGUCAUUUGGCCUCAGGGAUCGAAUCAAGCACGGCUAUUCAGACGACAGAUACAAGGCUGGCUGAUCUUUUAGAUAGUACACUUUGGAACAGGCGGCUUGCUCCAUCUUCUGAAAGAAUAGUUUAUGCUUUGGUACAACAAAUAUUCCAUGGGAUAAGAGAAUAUUUCUUGGCGUCUGUAGAAUUAAAGUUCAACUGCUUUCUCCUGAUGCCAGUUGUAGACAAGUUGCCUGCACUCCUUCGAGAGGACUUAGAAUCUGCAUUUGAAGAUGAUUUGGAUGAUGUUUUUGAUAUAAGUAAUUUGAGGCAUUCUUUGGGACAGCAGAAGCGAGAGACAGAAAUUGAGCUGAAACGGAUAAAAAAGCUUAGAGAGAAAUUCAGACAGAUCCACGAGCAGCUUAAUUUGCAUGAGGUCAUGUCAAAGACAUAGCUAGUAUCUAAUGCUCGUUUGCAACAUGGACUUUUCUUGGUAUGGAUAAUGUUAAGCUGUGAAAUGCUUUUAUUUUUUGGGUUUCUGGUAAGCUUUUCAUUUCAUUACAUAAAAAAAAAAUGAUUGGAUGGUUCGUAUCUGACACCCUGUACCUCAAUUGAUGAACUAUUUAUUUUCCUUCGUUUGGUCGUGAUGUUAUUGACUUUCCGAAGUAGGAAUGUGCUGCUUGAACUAGGACGUUCCAUUUGAUUCUUAGGUUGCAACCACUUAUUUGCUAGAAAGAAUACAGCUUUCUUUCUUUAGAUAUUCUACAUGUGGGUUUGGAUUUUUAAGGUGGUUCAUGGUUUUC